AUGGAAACUAAAGUACCUUUAUUCUGCCAGGCAGAAGAAAAUACCAAUUUAUCACAUAAUGGCUGUAAUUCAUUUGGAGCCAACUUGCCAUCAAGACAUAUUGACAACAAGAAAGAUGUCAAGUUUUCUAAAACAACGCAGAAGAGAAUGUCACAUGAAAUUAGGGGUUUGAGACUAGAACACAAAAAAAGUAAGAAUGAAACAACAAUAUUCCUAUGUGGAGAAGAAAAAUCCUCUAAUUUUUCAGGAGAAAAAAAGCUCAAGAGAAAGAAAAGUUUACAAGGACAAUUGCAUACUAAAAGAACUGAGAUUGCCUCUUCCUCAGUGAAGCUGUCAAAGGAAAAGAUGACUAGGGAAGAAAACUCUUUAUUCAAGUUGCCGAAUCAGUACAGUGUUCAUAAGACUUUAUCACCCUUUUGUACAUCUUCCUCAAUUAUUCGGAAAAGGGAAAUGAUUUCUAGCCUCUACAAGACAUUAUAUAACGAAGUACCUCAAGGAGACUUACACUCACAAGAAUUAAGUGAUAUUCAGAAGGCCUGUAAAAUUUUCAGCAAAAUUCAAAGUGGUAAGAUUUAUGUGAAUGAUCUGCCAAUGAUCCAUCAUACCUUGAAGAUUUUUAUAAGUGAUUCAGAAAUGCAAAAGGCACUAAAGACUAUUGAUAUUGAUGCAUUCCAAAAUGCCUUGAAGAUUUUCUCUAGGAUAAAAGGUGGUCGAGUUGCAACUGAUGAACUGGCUGCUGUUUUGGAUAGCAUGGAUAUCCCUGUAAUCCCUGAAACUUUUCAGGAAGUGAUAAAAUAUGCUAGUAUAGACAGUAACCACAGGGUGGAUAUUAGAGAUAUUAUAUUUACUUUGGAUGAACUACAGCACCAGUAUGAGGAUUUUUCAAUUAUGGAAUGGUCAGCCUUGGAUGAAUCUCCUUCUAAUAGAAAGUUAUCAAAUAUAUCAGAAUGCUAUCUACAAUAUAGGAAGAAAAGCACUUUAUCUUCCAGACUGUUUGAACCAUCGUUAUUCCCAAAGUUAAAUAGAAAAAACCUCCAACAUCAUAAAAUUAUGCAGGACAAUGAUCACUUUGAAUUUAAAAGAUCAAAAAAUCCUUUGCAAAUAAAAAAAUUCCUAAAUGGGGUUGAUAGCAGUAAUACAGGAUUCCAGGAACCAUAUUCAAAGGAUGGCAUAAACUUUAAGAAAUAUUCAGAGAAGAUUGAAAUUCAUGACUCAAAGUCUAUACCACGUAACUUGAAGAGUAUUACAAGCCUCAAAAAGUCUCUGGAUAAAAGUGAUACUUUUAGUAUCCCCAAACUUCAGAAGCCAACUCUGAGAAGGCAUUCCAGCCCCCUAAAACAGGUUUCAUUAAAGGAAAAAGCUACAACGAAUGCUCUGGAAAACAUCUGUGAAGCAAUCAGUAAACUCCAAGAAAAUUACAUCGCUGCAGAAGAACUUAAGUCCAUUUUGCCUUCAAUAGGAAUUACUUUAUCAGACAAAGUGUUCAAGAAGAUUGUGACAGACACUACUCAAAAUGAAAGUGGAAUGGUGAACUUAGAUGACUUUAUGAAUGCUCUCGCCAUAGAGCAAAGUCUUCCUGAAUAUGAUGUGUUGACUGAUGUCAUUAAAGCCAUUGAUAAAAUUAAAGAUGAAAAUAUGGAUUAUGAGGAUCUGAAUACUUGUCUUCAGGAUUUUGGAGUUUACCUUUCUAAGCCAGAAUUUGAGAAGAUCACAGAGUUGACUGAAGCUAAUGAAACAAAAAAGGCGAAUUUUAAAGAAUUCAUUGAUAUAAUGAUGAACAAUACGGAAUGCUUCUCUGAAAAAUUAUCAUUGCCUGAGACUAUUGAAAAUCUCCACAAUCUCAGCAAAGAAAAGAUGAAUGCUUCUCACCUAUGGAACACUCUGUCCAGGAAGAAUAAUAACUUGAAAAAAAAAGAAUUCCUAGGUGCACUGAAAUUAGCAAUAAUUGAUGAAGAUGAUGAAGUACAAAUAGAAGAAGUUGGAAAAGUGGUAAAGGAUAUGCAUUAUGCCUCCAGGUUAAAAGAGUUAUAGGACAUUGUCUUAGCUCUUGAUAUGCUUGAAGGUGACAUGAUACCUGGGAAGAACUUGGAAAGCUUUCUAAGAAAUAUUGGGAUUAAGUCACCCGAAGAAGAGGUAGAGAAAAUUCUUAAAUCAGAUUUUGUUUCUGAUGACAACAUCGUGAAUGUUAAAGACUGUAUGAAGGCUUUGAAGGACAACCAGAAAUUUUCCAAUUUUCUUGAUUUUAGGAAAGAAGCUUUGUCUUCAAAUCUGAGACUACCAAAAGCAGAUGAGAUUAAAGAAGCUGCUUGUAUCUUGUCAAGUGUUGAUAAUGGCAAGAUUGGUAUACCUAACUUGGAACAUGCCCUGGAAAGUUUGAAUGUUAAUUUGACUGAGGAGGACAUCAGUGAAGCCCUUAAAUGUUGUGACAUCAGUGAUAAUAAGGAGGUGAAUUUAAAAGAUUUCUUUGAAAGAAUUAAAGAAAGUCCACAUUUCAAAGAGUCCAUAGCUACACAGCUACUCUUAGCUACUACCCAAAUUCUCCAGAAUGAUCUAAUUGAUGCCUCUGAACUCAAAGCAUUAUUGAUGAACAAUGACUUUUAUGCAGCUAAUGUUUUACUUAAUGAAGUAUUAAGACAUGAACCUGAACCUGAAAAUGGCAUGAUUACCAUUCAAGAAUUUUUAACUAAGUUCUGCAAUACAUUGAGAAUUCCUAAAGUCACAGGUAAGUUUUACUUAAUAUGUAUCCACUGCCUAUAUUGGGAAGGACAGGCAGUGGUUUUCAUGUUAAGACAACACCGGAAUAGAUAGUUAAAACACAGGUAAGUAAGAAACAAUAUAAAGAUAAAACAAUACAAUAUUGGGUUAUAUAAUUUUUGUCCAGAUUAUAUGGCAAAGACUGCUAAGCUUACCCCAAACUCAGAAUCAUAG